GUUCGAAUUUUUCCUGUUUGAAUUUAAACGACCAUGAACAGUGACGACUUUUCCCAGGUGGAGGAGAACAAGGCGGCCCUCCGCCAGCGCCAGGACGACAUGCAGCAGCGCACCUUCACCAAGUGGUACAACUCGUACCUGAAGCACCGCAACAUUAACGUCAACAACCUGAUUGAGGACAUGCACGACGCCGUCAUUCUGCUCAACCUGCUCGAAAUCAUCUCGUCAGAGAAGAUUGGCAAGUACAACAAGGCGCCCAAGAUGCGCGUCAUGAAGCUCGAGAACGCCAGCGCCGCCAUCGACUUUAUCAAGCGCCACGACAUCAAGCUGACUGGCAUUGGUCCGGAGGAUCUCGUCGACGGCAACCAGAAGCUCAUUCUCGGUCUGUCGUGGAUGCUGAUUUUGCGGUAUGAGAUUCAAAAGUUCUCGCAAGACAUCCAGGAGCUGCUGCGCUGGUGCAAGGCCCGCACGGCCGGCUACCCGAACGUCCGCGUCCAAAACUUCACCGAGUCGUUCAACGACGGCCUCGCCUUUUGCGCACUCAUCAACAAGCACUACCCCAACCUGCUGGACUUUGACAAGCUCGAUCCCGCCGCCAACCGCGAGAACUUGGAGCGCGCCUUUGACAUUGCCGAGCGCGAGUUUGGCGUGCCAAAGCUGCUCGACGUCCAGGACAUGCUCGACGGACCCGACGAAAAGUCAGUCAUCACCUACGUCUCCAAGCUGCGCCAGGCGUUCGCCGACAAGGACAACGAGCUCACCGAGGCUGCCCGCCUGGCCGAGCUCCGCCGCCUGCAAGAGGAGGAGGACGCCCGCCGUCGCGCCCAGGAGGAGGAGGAGCUCCGCCGCCGCGAGCAAGAGCUCAAGGCCGCCGCAGACGCCCUCAACGCAAUGUUCCCCAGCCUGCUUGCUCGCCAGGAGCACGAGGCCGAGACCGAUCGUCUCAAGGGCCAGUAUGGUCCUCGCGCGGACGAUCUCGCCGAGUGGAUUGCCAACAACGACCGCAACAUGGGCGACCAGCUCGCUCACGUCAACGACUUGAAUGGCGACGAAGUUCUCGCGGCCCUCGACAACCUCAACCGCUUUGACGAGAGCGACAAGCCUCCGCGCCACGACGAGCUGCUCGACCUCGGCCAAUUGUACGACCAGGUCAAUGCCCGCCUUGCCAAGGAGGGCCGCCCGCCGUUCGAUCACCCCCACGGCAUCAAGCAGCUGAACAAUGGCUGGAAUGGCAUGGAAAACACCGAGCGCGACCUCCGCAACGCCCUGCUCGCGCGCGCCAAGCGUCUCGGUCUUGUCCAGCCUCUGAUUGAGCGCUUCCGUCGCAUCUCUGCGCGCCUCACCAACUGGCGCGAGACCCGCUCACCGCUCAUCGACUCGACCGAGUUUGGCGACUCUGAGGUGGCCGUUCUCGGACAGCUGCGCGAGUUUAAGCGUGUUGAGACGGAGGUUGCCCCGCAGCUUGCCGCCGUCCGCUCGCUCGACAGUCUCGGCCGUCUGAUCAAGCAGCAAGACAACUCGUUCAACGACGAGGUCGACGGCACCCUUCGCGAGCAGCACGGCUUUUACGACCAAGCCCAGGCACGCGCAUCCAACCGCCGCGCCGCCCUGCAGAAGGAGCUCGAGCGCCAGCAACGCCUCGAGGAGGAGCGCACCGUGUACGGUCGCCGCACCAACGAGCUUGCGGGCCUCUGCGACGAGGGCGAGGAGUAUGUCAACUACCACCUCGAGUCGGUCGACACUGCCGACAUUCUUCGCCAGUACCACCAGCGUCUCGACACCUCGGUCGACGGCAUCAACGCCAACGCCGCGCCCCAGGGCUUUGACCGCGAGAUUAUCAACGCGCUCUUUGUCCGCGUCGACCACAUUCGCGGCGCCAUCCGCGACCGUGCCGGCCACGCCGAGCAGGCUGCCCAGCGCGCGCAGACCGAAGCCGGCCUCAACCGCUCGGUGGACGCCAUCAACCGCGACUUUAAGAACUGGCACAACGAUGCCACCCGCAACGUUGCCAUUCUGCACGACGACAUUGCGACCCAGUCCCGCGAGCCUGCUCACCAGCACCUCGACGCGCUUCGUCGCAACCUGCCCGCUGGCCAGGACAAGGUCGAGCAGCUCCGCACGCACGCCCGCCAGCUGCGCGAGCUUGCCGACAGCCAAGCGCACAGCGGCUCGGCCAACUCGCCCGCUGCCCUCAACCUGCGUCAGAGCUCCCAGGAGGCCGAGGCUGCCCUGAGCAACGCCGACGCUCUCGUCCGCGCGCACCAGCAACAGAUUGAGCGUCUGCAAGGCGAGGUUCAGGUCCUCGACUCGCAGCAGCUGACUGUUCCCAACCCCAAUGCCGUCCGCCAGGCCCUCAAGACUCUCAGCAACCCUUCGAACGGCGUGCUCGAGGAGCAGGCGCUCCGUGACCGCGGCAUCCGCGAGGAGCACAUUGGCUACCUCAACUCGCAAAUCCAGGCUGCUCCUCGUGGCGGUUUGGACUAUGACAACUUUGACCCUUACCGUGGUCGCACUUUCACGCCAGCCACCCGCAAGGCCAGCAUUUCUGCCGCCUCUUCGGCCCCAUCCACUCCCCAACAACAGCAGCGUGCAGCUCCCACCCUGGCGCGCCAGCCCUCGCAGCCCUCCACCCCUUACUCGCCAGCGUCGUCGGCUGCGCAGCCUCGCGCCCUGAGCACUGGCUCGUACCAACAGCAGCUGCAAAGCCCCUCGUUCCAACCCGCGGGCUCCAACCUGUCGUCGCCAAGCACGUUCCGCUCUGGCGGCGCCAACAACCGCCUGAGCGCGUCGUACAACGACCAGCCCGUGUCGUCGCCCUCCUCUGGCCGCCCGUCGAGCACCUACAACGACAACUCGCACAGCCGCUCGCCCCGCCCUACUUCGUCCGUUGGCGGUUCUGGCAUUGGCCCUGACGUUGUGGUGGAUGGCACCCGCCAGUCGUCCCAGAUUGAGGAAAAUGUUAUUCUGCAUGUGACGCAAUCCGACGAUCUCCCCGUCAUUGUCAAGUACGAGCUGGAAGUCCACAAGUCCAAGCGCAUCGACUUCACCCUGUCCACCGAGGGCAGCCAGAACCUCGAGGUUGCCUGGCCGACCGAGGGCGACGGUGUCCGCGCCCAGACCUCGGUCAACCCCUUCGAGUGCCGCACCAUUGCUGUCCUCCGUCAGGUCGACCCCUACGCCAGCGCUUCAUUGCGAGUCAAGUAUUCCUGGAAGAGCAAGGAUGCGUAAACGAGUUGGGAUUUAAAGCGAGAGCGCUGGUUUUUUGAUUGCUCUUUUGUUUUUUUUUUUGGUUGGCUUUCCCCCCCCCCCUUUGUCUAUUCUUGUUCUCUCGUGUCUUUCCCAUUUUUUUUUUGCUUGUUUUACUUGUGCAUCUGUGUCGGGUCGUUAUUCUUCAGUGUGUUUUCUCGACAUUGCUGCUUUCCCAUUUCCGUUGUUGUUUGUGUACACUGUGUGGUUUUUUUUUUGUUAAUCUAGCUUCUUCCCCCC